UGCACGCCAAACAAACCGACAAGCAAGAUUCACCUGCCUUUGACACCGCCGAGUACUCCAGGCCGGCACCCUCUGAAGCUUUUGGACCGCAAGCAGAAGUCUGUCAGCCUGCGAGAGCACGACAACCCAUCAAAGACAUGGGAUGCCACGAGAUCACUCAGAACCCCCGUGCCAUCACGUCUGUUGCUCGCGCGAUCCCCCAGCCUUGUGGUCGCCAGGAACGUAAAGACACCUCUCAAGAGCAGGCUGGUUUCCACCUUCAGGGACGAACAAACGCAGAUUUCUCGUGGAGAGCUUUUUGAGCGCGUCCACGGCUGUCCGGACAUCCGCAUAGAAGAAGAGCACAGGCACAUUGUGACGAGUCAUCUGCGAGCUGUGCGGCGCAAGGCACGCAUUGCCAGCAGGACUCGGGCCGCGCUGCUGGGCCGUGCAUGUCAAGACGUCCAGCAUGGCCAUUUUGGC